AUGCCUUCGACAGCCGCUGUCAUCGCACCUGAUGAUACCAAUGGCUCCAAUCCUGUCCAGGUCCCUGCAGACCUGCUUCAGCCUGGAGAUCUACUUUUACUGGCCCCGGGCGACUCCAUCCCGGCCGAUUGUAGAAUAGUAGAAGGUCAUUCAACAGUCCACGAGACAAUCAUCAAGGGAGAGCCUGAACCAAGACCCGUCUCCCCUGGCGACGAGGUUUAUGCUGGGUGCUCGAAUGCUCGAACACUGCAAGCUAUCGCCAAAGGAAAUGAAACCAAAUCCGAUGCCGAGAUGUUCUCCAAUCGAAUUCUCAGGUGGUUCAGUGCCGCUGUCUUGUGCUGUUCUGCUGCGACCGGACUCUAUCACUACUUCACCGGUGCAUCCACCAUUCUCGUCCUCAACAAAGUCGCCGCCGUGCUGCUCUGCGCCUGCCCUUGUACAUUGGGGCUAGGCAUUCCAAUGUGCCUCAUGUCCGCCAAUGCAAACGCCCAUGCUGCCGGUAUUUUCUUAAAACCAAGUCCACAGGUAGAGCGAGCAGCCGACGCCAAGGUGAUCGUGUUUGACAAGACAGGUACUUUGACCUCGAGCACUUUGCACGCAAAAGCGAUUGAGAUGACUGUGGAAUGGAAUACGUCGGCAGAACAAGAGGCUUUGAUCUGGCGAAUGAUUGGUCAACUCUCGCAGUGCUCAUCACACCCUGUCUCUGUCUUGUUGUCGAGAAAAGCCGAAGAGCAAUCUGAGUCAGCUAAAAACUCCAUCUGCCUCAGUCGUCUUGUUCUAUCACACUACGAAGAGAACCCCGGAUCCGGUUUGACAGGCAAGUUCAUAUUCAAGGGAUCAGAAUUCGAAGUGGCCAUAGGCAAUGUUCGGCAUAUGCACGCACAGCAAGUCUACUUUGCACCCGAUUCAUGUCUUGGACUAUCAACUACAACAUCUGACAGCAUGGUGUAUAUCUCCAUCGACCACCGUCUAGCAGGCUGUAUGAAAUAUGCAAGCGACAUCAUUCCCGAUGCGAGUCAAGUCAUGGAUUCCCUACAUGGGCAUGGUUUUCAAGUAUUCAUGAUGACAGGGGAUACAAUGGUGGCUGCUCUUGCAGUGGCUAACCAUGUCGGCAUUCCGCCUACCCGAGUCUACGCCGACCUGGCUCCUCCGGACAAAGCAGAGCUCAUCAACCGGCUUCAAGCGCACCAUGGCCCUGUCAUCAUGGUCGGCGAUAACAUCAACGAUGCUCCUGCACUUUCUACAGCAGCUUUCGGAGUCGUCGUAUCGCAUAAUCCGAAGCUCAAUAAUAGCUACGACAAGUACGGCCAAAGUCUUCUAGCAACUUUACAAGAAGAAGCAGAUGCCUUGUUACUCUCCAAUGGCAACUUGAGAAAGUCCCAAGCCGAUAAGCUUUCCCAUUCCACCUCCUCUCCUCAUAGGAGCAGCCUCCAGCAACUAGAAUAUUUGAUCGCUUUAACUCAUGAAACGACGCGUCGAGUCCGACCUACGCUCAAUUGGUCUUUGCUCUAUAACCUCCUAACCUUACCCUUAGCUUCCGGCCUUCUUGUUGCCGUUGCGCCUAGCUCAAUCUCAGCUUAUAUCAAUCUCAGGCCGUAA